CCCAAACUAGCCUACGCUGCUCGUCAAAGACUCAGAGCUUCCGCUUCGUAAGGCGUGCUACUGUGGACCAUUGGCGCGUGAGAGGGAGGGAGAGAGAGGAGGGAGGAAAGAAGCUUGGUGACGGACUUGCUCCUCUGGAACACUGCUAUACUGCUAUGUGCUAUCACCAGGGAAGGCUUCCUGAACAACGGUUCUCGGCUAUAAAAUGUACAAUAAAGUAACACCGCGCACGUUAUUUUAGCCAUCUUUGCAAGACUCUUGAAUCUUCCUUCACUUGUGAGUUUUUGCUUGGUCGCUGGGUCGCCGUCAAUUUGGACUUGCUCUGAAGAUAGAGAAAAUCCAUGGAGAUACUGGAUAGCCUUUUCGGGCUACACAUUGGGAUUAUACAUUGAAUUGGGUGGAAACUCUUAGCAAACAUUUUUGAAGAAACUACCUCUGCUGUGCCAUAGCUUCACGACAUUGAAAGUAACGUUUCUGGUUACAAGUUGAGGCCUUGGUCUCCGGAGCUCCAGACAUGGAGGACCAGGAGGAAACCGUUGGGCUCCAAAAUUCGCCAAGCGGUUCAGAGUCAAAGGAAUUACACUCUGAAAGUAAAGCAGAUAAACAAAAUGGAAAUUCGGGCAAAUCUCCAUCCUCCCAGACGACAUAUAUUCAACAGGGAAUGGAGGGGAUAAAAGUGUACCUGCACGAGAGGGAACUGUGGGCGAAGUUUCACGAGGUGGGGACGGAGAUGAUUAUCACCAAAGCUGGAAGAAGAAUGUUUCCCAGCUUCAAAGUGAAGGUCACUGGAUUGAACCCUAAAACGAAAUACAUACUCCUGAUGGAUGUCGUGCCUGCGGACGACCAUCGCUACAAAUUCGCUGAUAAUAAAUGGUCUGUGACCGGGAAGGCUGAACCUGCCAUGCCCGGGAGGCUCUACGUUCACCCGGAUUCUCCUGCGACUGGGGCGCAUUGGAUGAGGCAGCUUGUCUCUUUCCAGAAGCUGAAACUGACCAACAACCACCUGGAUCCUUUUGGACAUAUUAUCCUGAACUCCAUGCAUAAAUACCAACCCAGGAUUCACAUCGUGAAAGCGGAUGAAAAUAACGGCUUUGGCUCCAAAAACACAGCGUUCUGUACCCACGUCUUCCCAGAGACUGCUUUCAUUGCGGUUACGUCCUACCAGAACCAUAAGAUAACCCAGCUGAAGAUAGAGAACAACCCAUUUGCAAAAGGCUUCCGUGGGAGUGAUGACAUGGAGCUCCAUCGGAUGUCCAGAAUGCAAAGCACUAAGGAGUACCCGGUGGUCCCUCGCAGUACGGUGCGCCAGAGAGUGGGCACCAGCCAGAGCCCGUUCAGUGGGGAGGUGCAGGGUAUUGCCACCCCCAGUGGCCUGGCCUCCCAGUACACCCAGUGUGAGAACGGGGCCACCAGCACCUCACAGGAUCUCCUGCCCCAGUCUGGCUCCUACCCUCUCCCCCACGAGCACAGCCAGGACUACCACUGCAUCAAGAGGAAAGUGGAGGAUGACUGUCACUCAGGAGAGCACACCUACAAGAAGGCUUACCUGGAGAGCUCCUCCAGUGAGGACGACCAUUACUACCGUCCCGUCAGCUACCCACAGAGCCUGGGCCUGCCCGGGGGGCCCUACAGGACCGAGUCCAGCCAGAGGCAGGCCUGCAUGUACGCCAGCGCCUCCCAGGGGGCCGAGCCCGUCCCCAGCCUGGAGGACAUCAGCUGCAACACCUGGGCUGGCGUCUCGCCCUACGGCAGCUGCUCCGUCACCACCAUGCAGCCAAUGGAGCGGCUGCCCUACCAGCACUUCUCUGCCCACUUCACCUCGGGGCCCCUGGUGUCCAGACUGAGUGGAGUGGCAGGCCACGCCUCCCCGCAGCUGGGUGACGCCCACCACGCCAUGUACCAGGGCCCCAUGGCCCAUCAGACUCUGGGCCGCCAGUGCAGCCCCGGGGCAGGCAUCCAGUCGCCCACCGCAGGUCUCCAAGGCAACGAGUACCUGUACUCGCACGGGAUCCCGCGCACGCUGUCACCUCAUCAGUACCACGCUGUGCACAGCGUCAGCAUCAUGCCAGAGUGGAAUGAGAGCAGCUAAAAGGGCUUUCUUCAUAGGAAAGGAUGAAGAAGUUAGAGAAAAAAGGACCGUGAUAGGGUGGGGCUUUAGAUAAAUCUAUAUUUAUAUUUUUAAAGAUAUAUACAGUAUGGCAGUGCAGUCUUGUGAGAUUAGUAGGUGAGGCAUGAAUGCCUCGAGCAUUGGACGUUGGUGCUCAGAGGAAGUGGGAAUGUCUUUGCAGUUGACUUGUUACUGCGACUAUGGGCAAACAUCAUGAGGAUGAGCAAAACAAGGUGGAGACAAGCAUUGGCCAUUGAGUUUUAAGGAGUCUUAUUAGGACAACUAAAUAUGAGUUAAAAAAGCCAAUGAUUUUGCAUGAGGGACAAUAGUAGCUUCAUCAAGAGACCCCCAUUUUUAAACUGUCCUGUUUUGAUAGUGUAUUAUACAUCUUGGUGCUUGAAUUAUAUGUUUUCUUCUUUUUCUGCUGCAAAUAGAAAUCUUGUUCUGUAGAUUUUUACAUUUUCUGCAAAAAAAGUAGACAUUUUAUCCCCCAGUUCUCAUUUUGUUUAUGGCUUUUGUAGUGAACCGCUUACUUUCUAAAACCAUUCUACAGAAAUUCAGAAGAUGUGAUUAUUUUUCUGUGACUAUUUUGAAAACAUACUCGGUGAGUUGCUGGCCUGAUUUGUCAAUAAAAAUUACAAAGGGCAAAAAACAUUAGAUACUUAUACGAAAGCCAUUGCAUUGCUCUGCUUUACUUUGAAUACAUGACCACCAUAUCCAUGGAUACAAGUGUGUAUAAUGGUGAGUUUAUAUGCAGUUGACAGGUCGAUAAGAUGACAGUGUGUUCUGUAGAGGAAGUGUGUCUUGAUAUCCUCUCUAACUCUGGCAUGUAGCAACACACACUUUAACAUGGAAAUAUUUUGAUGUGGUUUGCAGUUAGUCUGGGGAAGGUGUGUGAAAAAUGUACCUGGUAUUCGCUUGCAACGAAAGCUAAGAAACAAGAAACCUUCUGACAUAAACAGUGGUUCUCAAUCAGACACUGCCCUUAUAUGAGAUAUAAGCUAGAACCGGUGAAAAGGUGAUUGCAUAUUUUUUUGGGGUUGUUGAAAAUGUCAUUUUUAUUAGUUUGUGUUGUACCCAGUAAAUGUGUGUUGUUUCUCAAUCUUUUCCUUUAUGCUCCUACAAUUGGCACUUCUCCCACGACUACAGUCAUAAACUCAACCAGAGCAAACAAAGAUAUGUAUGGUAUAUGACGCCUUUAACCAUGUAGAAUGUAAAGAACCAGAGGCAAAGAUUGCUAUAGACAAAUAAUGAUAAUAUGAAAGCAUGGUCACUUCAGAGAUUAUACACGACCUAAACACAUCAGUCAAAUACACAUAAUUUCUGCCAAUAUAUGGAAGUCAAGUUAUAUUUUAAAGGUCAGUUAUGUAUGGACAAAGACUUAUUUAGAAAAUGCUUGUAGUCGAUAGAAUGUUACUUGUCGAUAGUAUUUAUUUUUUUCCUGUAUUAUAAAUCAACUUGCUCCUGUUGUAUCGACAAUGAAAUGUGUUAGUCGGUCCGGUUCUCUUUGUUAUUUAGGCUAAAUGUAUUUUCUUUUUUUAAUCAUCCUGCUUUUGAAAUCAGGACAUUCAUUUACAGUUGUCAAAAGUCUAAGAAAGAGAGAGAUGGAUUACUUUGGUGUAAAUAAACACACAUAUAUAGAAUACAGAAUACUUGCAAUACAUUUAAAAGGGGAUUCUGUCUAUUCAGAUUUUACCUCUUUUAUUUUGAUGAUGCUUAGUGUUUAAUUGUGACAUGUAACUAAACAUAAAACAUUGGAUUCAUAAUUUGGGAUCUAUAGGACUCUGUACAGAGAUAAGAUGUUUGACUACAACUCUACACGGAUAUAUACAGCUAUACAAAACCACAAGAGACACUAAAGUGAUACACCAAAGUGUGGGGUAAUGGACAAAAGCUCUGACCAUAGACCGUUUGCUCCUUUGUUUACAUACACAUAAUUUUUGUUAAUGCAACAAAUGUAAAAUCUUGUCAUCACAAUGUAGGCAGCAGCAGUAACUAAUUAUACCUACUUGUCCCCAGCUUCUCUUUAUUCAAUAGAUAAUCCUGAGGAUUAAAGGUCUGCUGUCUGGCCAACCCCUCUGAAGCCCCUCAUAAAUCUUCUGUGUGUGUGUGUGUGUGUGUGUUUGUGUGUGUGUGUGUGUUGUGCUGGUUUAGCCCCUUGGAGCAGUUGCUUGGUUACCUUAGAGGACAUAUUGCCCAGAGUUGACCACUCCUUGAGCACUGUUUCAAACCACAGCCUGAUGCUCACAUUGUGUUAUUUUACAGAACAGCUUGUUGUUGAUCAGCCUAAUCAGGCUUGGAAGGUUCUCAGAAUCUCAUAUGAAUUCACUUCAUGAUCAGGACCAUUUAUGAUGAAGUGUUCUCCCAAAAAUAGCACACCAUUAUUAAAAUGAUCUAAUGGGAAGCUACAGUUGGGUCCAUAAUUAUUGCAUGCCUUGAUAAAGAUGAGGAAAAAGACUACAUAAAAUAAAUCAUUCAAAUUCUGA